UCUUUUCUUCCUCAGUUAUGGGUUCAAAGAGAGUGGCCAUUAUAGGAGCCGGGGUGAGCGGACUCACUUCGAUCAAGGCUUGUCUGGAGGAGGGGCUUCAGCCGGUCUGCUUCGAGCAACAUGACGAUCUCGGCGGCGUGUGGUACUACUCUGACGAUGUCAGACCCAACCAGGGCGCCGCCAUGUACCGGUCUCUCAUCACAAACUCCAGUAAAGAAAUGAUGUCGUUCAGCGACUUCCCCUUCCCUAAGGACACGCCCCCCUACCUGCCGUACCACCGCGUGUACACAUAUCUACAGGACUACGCUCAGCACUUCAGCCUCAAGAAACACAUCCGAUUCGGCACACAGGUCAGCCGCAUACAGAAGACAGAAGACUUUGAUGAGACAGGACGGUGGGAGGUCCGUACUGUACAGACGGGUCACGGCGAUGGGGAACAGAAAGAGAUCUUUGACGCUGUCAUGGUACGUUUACGUACUGAUGAUCAUAGAAACAUAAAUGUUAGCAGCAACAACUGAUAAUAUCUGA